CAUAAACUUCAAUCACCAACACACUGUUGCUAAUUCAUUCCAAAAUACUGAAUAUUAUUUGUUUUUUCUCUUUUAAUCUUUACUUGAUUUAGAAACAUCUCAGAUACAGAACACGCACACAGCCUAGUCGAGAUUUAGAUAGGUGAAAGGAGCGACAGUUAAACGCACAUAUUCGAAGUUAAUCUCAGAUCAAUUCAGUAUAGACCUCGAUACUAAAUUAUAUUGUCCAUAAGUCGUGUGCAAUCUGUGCAAAACAUGCCCGUGCCAAAAUCCUUUACGUGGCAGACAGUUCGGUGCGUGUUGAUUGUAUUAAGUUUUGUCGGUGGCUUUCUGGUGCAGAUAGUAGAAACACAGGAUCCCGAAACGGAAACACGACCUUGGUACGAGACCCUACCAGCAGUUGCCAUGGAUUACAAGGUUCACAUCGAAGCGGGCAAAGAGGAUUGCUACUUCCAAUAUGUGCAGCCGGGUAGUACUUUCUACGUCAGUUUUCAGGUUAUUCGGGGAGGUGACGGAAUGGCCGGAUUUGCCGUACGAAAUCCCAGAGGCGAGAUUGUUCACCCAUACCAGUGGCAAGCGUCCAGUGACUUCACUGACGGAUCGUCGAUGGGUGGAUAUUAUGCGGUGUGCAUCGAUAACCAGUUUGCUAAGUUCGCCAGCAAACUGGUAAAUCUUUACCUGACGGUGAUCCGGUAUGACGAGUGGGAGAAGUACACGAAAGAGAUUGAGGAUUUGAAUGUCAAUAUGAACAAUUUUACGAACACCAUUUCCACGGUGGAACGAAAUUUGAACGCCAUGUUCCAGUACCAGGCGUACUCACGAAACACGGAAGCACGAGACUAUGCACUAAUAACCGAUAACAACUCGUACGUACUUCACUGGUCUAUCCUGCAGAUCGUGGUCAUCAUCUUGACAACAUCGGUUCAGGUGUACUUCGUGCGGAAACUGUUCGACAUCAAGAGCGGUUCCAGCAAAAUGAGAAUCUAGACGGUUGAGAGUUCAACAGCGUAAAUGGUUGUGACACGGAUGUAGGUGCGAUUCGCUAAUCAUUCCUGGCGUGAGUCGGUACGCACACAUUAAUUCGAAUUAAUCCGAUAGAAUGUUCAUACUUAAGGAGAUAUUUACAAAUUUUGUUUUAUUAUACAAUGAUUUUACGUUGUAAAGAGCAGUAAGACUUCCCGUGAAAUUAUAUCGAUUUGAAUGUACUUUGUAUUGCAGGUACUACAAUGUUGGUUCGUAUGUUUGUCCAUUAAAAAAAACAAUGUUGAUUUUAGUAAUAAACGAUUGAAAACAA